GAAACACCAACAUAUGGACAUAACCAUGAUAAUGGAUUAUGGAUGUGGUUCCUUAUCCCAAACCCACUUCCUAGAUUACACUGCGCCUACCAUUGCCAACUCAGUCCGUUCUCUAACCCACCCAUCUCCUCCAAACAUCACGCCGGCUCUAACACUACCCAUGGACGCUCUCGCAGUGAACCGAUCUCUCUCUCGCCUCAAACCCAGAACCGUCCCUUCUUCUUUUCCUUCCCAACAACAACUCGCCCUCAAACCAAACCAUGGCACCCCUAACCUCACUGUCUAUGCCAUCCAAAACCAAGAGAAUCGCUUCCAGGAAACGCUUCCAAGAAACAGCAACGAAGACGAGUCCUACGGCGAAGUCAACAAGAUCAUCGGUGGCAGAGCAGUGGGAGGUGGGACCGCGAUGGAGUACUUGAUCGAGUGGAAAGACGGGCAUGCCCCGUCCUGGCUCCUGUCGGAUUACAUAGCUAAAGAUGUGGUGGCGGAGUACGAGACUCCGUGGUGGACCGCAGCCAAGAAAGCCGACGAGCCGGCUCUCCAGCGGCUCGCCGAGGAGGACAUGCGUGACGUGGACGCCGUGGACAAAGAUGGGCGGACGGCGCUUAUUUUUGUUUCCGGGCUCGGCUCCGAGCCGUGUGUCAAACUCCUAGCCGAAGCCGGCGCGAACCUGGACCAUCGCGAUAAUAGCGGCGGCUUGACGGCUCUUCAUAUGGCGGCUGGGUACGUUAAGCCAGGCGUGGUUAAGGUGUUGUUGGAGCUCGGUGCGGACCCAGAGGUGGAAGAUGAUAAGGGACGUAGGCCGUUGGAUUUGGCGAAAGAGAUAUUGACGGUUACGCCUAAAGGAAACCCCGUGCAAUUUGCUAGGAGACUGGGGCUGGAGAGUGUGAUUAGGAUGUUGGAGGAGGCAAUAUUCGAGUACGCGGAGGUGCAGGAGAUAUUGGAGAAGAGAGGGAAGGGUGAUAAUGUGGAGUAUUUGGUCAAAUGGAAGGACGGUGAAGAUAAUGAGUGGGUCAAAGCUGGGUUGAUAGGGGAGGACCUGGUGAGGGACUAUGAGGCUGGGCUGGAAUAUGCUGUGGCAGAGGGAGUGGUGGGGAAGAGAGUUGGUGAUGAUGGGGGCAAAGAGUACUUGGUGAAAUGGACGGAUAUGGAUGAAGCCACGUGGGAGCCUGAGGAGAAUGUUGAUCCUGAACUAAUCAAAAAGUUUGAGGAGGCCCAGAUGGUGGAGGCCCAGGCUCAAUUGAGUAAGGAUGGGACAUAAAAAUUAUUCGGGCUUUUGAUAUUGGGUUUUCUGUUCAUUUCUGUUGUUAUUUGAAAUGAGGCUUACUGUGAUUGGGCAGCAAAAAAAAUUUCUCCUUCCAA